UAAUUUAUCGAUUAGUUGUUCAAAGUGUUUGACUGUUGUAAUAUCCUUACAAUAAAUGUUGAGUUUGUGGUAAUGGAAAGAGAAGAGAAUAUUUGCGAAGAAAAUGUGGAGCCAAUGGCGAAAAAGAUUAAAACAGAAUGGGUUAAAAGUUAUUCCGACAAGGCACUACUCAUGAUGACAAAAAUGGGAUACGAAAAGAACAAAGGUCUGGGAAAACAGAAUCAAGGUCGGCUUGAACCUAUUGUUGCUGUACAACAGGAUGGAAGAAAGGGGCUGGGGUUAAAAGCAGAUGAAUGUCAAUUACCUUUGGAAUCUGUGGAUAUUUCCAGCGAAGUAAUUAACUUACCUGAAAAAUUUGCUUGGAUUACUAAUAGUUCACGGGAAGAUUGGGAAUUCGAUAAAUUCAAUAAUUGUAUUGUCACAGGCCCUCGCAAACAAACGAUUGAAGACGAAUGCUUAUAUUGUGAUCCAGACAUUUUAAAAAAUAUUUUAGACGCUAAAUCGGAAUUUGACAAAUUAAAUGAUAAUGAGUUAAGACGAGCAAGAGCCCGUUCUAAUCCCUUUGAAACAAUUCGCAGCUCGAUAUUUUUGAAUAGAGCCGCUGUUAAAAUGGCUAACAUCGACUCCAUGUGUGAUUACAUGUUCACCAAUCCUAGAGAUAAGAAUGGAUCUUCGUUAUUACAUGGCAACGAACUUUUGUAUUUUGCUGAUAUAUGCGCAGGUCCUGGUGGAUUUUCAGAAUAUGUUCUUUACAGGAAAUCGUGGGAAGCAAAAGGAUUUGGAUUCACUUUACGGGGUCCUAACGAUUUCAAGCUAGAUAAAUUUUUUGCAGGGUCGCCAGAGUCCUUCGACACUUUUUAUGGGAUAAGAAAAGAUGGAAAUAUUUUCUUUAAAGACAACCAAGAUUCCUUCGCAGAAUACGUCUUAAAACAUUGUAAAAGUGGUGUUCAUUUUGUAAUGGCGGAUGGUGGUUUUUCAGUCGAAGGUCAAGAAAACAUUCAAGAAUUACUUUCCAAGCAACUAUACCUAUGCCAAUGUCUAAUGGCAUUGAAAAUACUUCGAGUCAAUGGCAGUUUUCUGUGCAAGAUGUUUGAUUUAUUCACUCCAUUUAGUGUAGGGCUUGUAUAUUUAAUGUAUAAAUGUUUUGAACAGAUAUCUAUACUGAAACCAAAUAGCAGUAGACCAGCAAAUUCGGAGAGGUACUUAGUUUGUAAGUGGAAAAAAUCUGAUACAGAUUCCGUUUGUAAAUAUUUAGAUCACGUGAAUGAUAUUUUUAAUGCGGCUGACGAAGAUGUUUUAGAGAUUGUUAGCCGAGAGAACAUUAUGGCUGACAAAACUUUUCUAGAUUAUAUUGUUAAAAGCAAUAAUGAAAUUGGACAAAACCAAAUUGUUGGGUUAAGGAAAAUAGCAGUAUAUUGCAGAAAUAUACAACUGAGAGAAACAAAACAAUCUGAAAUCCGUAAACGAUGUCUUGAGCUGUGGGGUCUUCCAGAUAAACUUAGACAAGCCCCAGAAUCCAAGUCUUCCGAAAAACUCCUCGAGGAGAUUCUAGGAGAUUGGAACGAUAAGCUUUUAUUUAAUUUUACACCUACAGAAUUGUAUACCGCAGUACAGUUACAAAACAACAUUAAUAGCAUUUAUGAUUGGUAUUUCGUCCCAAUUGGUAGAGGUGAAACUAAUAUUAACGCUUGUUGUAUGUUUUUAUGUAAGUCUAAAGGGUGUUUACUUCGUUAUACUGAUAGCAAAAAAUGGGAACCAGUAGAAUAUAUUUUUGAAGUAUCUCCGAGGUCUAUUUUUUAUGGUGAAAUUGUGUAUGAAUACACUGGCGAAGGUCGGACGCAAACACGAGUAUGUGCUUUGCACAUUAUAGAUGCUAUUAUGAUUGGUGGAAUAGAUAUAAGACGCCUAAAGCUCUCUGAACGAUCUCGUUUAUGUCAAAAAUAUGCUCUCAGCCUUAAUAAACCAUACAAAGAAGGGAAUUCGGGUCCCAUUCGAAGCAAAUGUUUAUAUAAAUUAAAAGAGUUUCCUAAUUUCUUUAACAAUAUGAGUUCACAUGUACUGAAGGAUAAUUCAACGCGACUUGGAUUAUCUUUGUCAUCGGAAAACAAAUUUUUUGUUCCAGGGGGCAUUUUACUAUUAUGUGAGAUUUGUCACAACUUCUUUUCAACUAUAUCAAACUCAACACAAAAACUGUAUUAUUUUGAUAAGCAAACAAAAACAUCUUAUUAUAAAGAUUGCAUGCCAAUUGAUAUACAAAAUGCUUUAUACGCUUCAUUUAGAAAUACUUUUCAAAGACGAUUAUUAUGGAAAUGGACUAAUUUGAUGCAAGUUGAAGAAAAAAUUAAGCAUCGGGAGAAAAAUUUACUCUAUCGAGAAGAUUUUAAAACAUUUAUAUGUAAUAAAGAAAAAAUAUGAAAAAUGA